GUUCAAUUCGAUCGGUCGUCGCAGCAGGUUCGCGAGUUCGAGCAGCGGCGCAAAGCGAGAAAAAAGAGCAGCCCCCAGUCGCUGAAGCCGAGGGCGGCGCAGAAAACUUGGCUCCUUGUUUUUCAAAGAAACCCCCCAAAAAAAGGGCGCGCGAGUGAGCUACCGCGAUUAACGGAUCUUGAUCCUAGGCGAACUAGUUUUAGAUUGCGCAAUUUCAAUCGACAAUAUCGCAUAAAGCAACUGUUUAAGUGCCCGACGCCGAGUGAAAUUGGAUAGUAAAGGCAAAACGCAAAACCAAACGACGAUCGGCGGCUAGGAGAAGCCGUUUUAAAACGCAAAUACGACAAAAAUAUACUGAAAAACAGCUAUAAAAAAAAAAAAAAAAAAAACAGAGCAACAUGGCGACCGCCGCCUGCGUCCGCUGCGCCCAACAACAACAACAGAAGCAACAACAACAGCAACAUGAGGCGCAUGCGCAGCAGCAGCAGCAGCAGCAACUGCAGCAACAGCGACGCAACAGCCCGCGGAUUCUGCACAUUUACUGCGCGUGGGCGUUGAUCACUCUGUUGGCCGCCAGUGCCGCCAUGGUCCAAAGUGCAGCGGUAUUCGGCGACCUGCUGUCCCAUCCCACUUUCAAGCCACUAUGCAGCGCUCAGCACGAGCAUUUCAUCGAGAGCGAUGGCAAAGAAUCUAGUCUCAUCAUCGAACUGAAGCCGGGUCUCUAUGGCGCCGAGCACGCCUCCUGUUCCCGCAUCCUCAGCGCCCCGCCCAACUAUGGCUUCAUAGUGCGCCUCAUCCUGCCCAAAUUGCCGCACGGCCAACCGCUGGAUGCGGCCACCACCAGAAGCACGCCCACGAACAUCAUGGCUGCCGCAGCCGGAGGCAACAACUCGUCCAAGCUCCGGCGCACUGCCAAAUCCGGUGGCAUGUCGGAGUCCUCAGAGCCGCUCAACGCGACGAGGGUCAUCGCCUCAUCGACGCCUUCGCGGGUUUUGGGACGCACCUGCCCUCUGAACAUAUUUAGCUCGCUGGACCCGCACACGGCGCAGUGGCGAGUGGAUCCCUGCCAGCUGGAGGACACCGCCUCCGAGAUGGAGGACCCGGUGCGGCUCUUCCACGGCCGCGUCAAGAUCGUCUGGGAGCACGGCCAGCACGCCCUGCGCUCCAAGCUGAUGGUCACUGUGCUGGGCAAGGGCGAGCAGUGCAAGGAUGGCAGCAAGCACCAGUGCUUGAAGAUCGGUGAUGAGCCCAUCCUGUGCAUCUCCAAGGAGCUGGCCUGCGACGGGAUCCGCCAUUGUCCGUACAGCAACGAGUACGACAGCGAUGAGGACUACGAGCUGUGCUCGAAGCUGCGUCGCCCGGGAGCCGGCAAACUGGCCGCCGGCCUGGAGUCGGAUCUCUUCGAGCAGUUUGCCCUGGAAGUGUUCCGCAACCUGUUCGCCAACGAUGCUCCCUCGGCACCGGAGGAUCUGCCGCGCAACGGGAGCGACGGAGCCAUGGGUUUGGACAACUCGACGGUCACCUCGACGACCACGCUGCGCAAAGUGCACACCAAAGAUAUGAAGAAGCCCGGAGGCGAUGGGUCACCGAACUCGAUUGGGCCCAGCCUGGUCACGGAGGGGGAUCAGCAGAGGCCGGAAAACGAUACGGCUGAAAUGGGAGUGGGCACGGGAGCUGGCAGCGGCUUCACCCGCCGCAACUCGACGCGCUCCGGCCUGCACUCGGACCUAUCGAAGUACGGGCCGUGGGGCUACCUGAUGCUCGGCAUGCUCCUGUGCGGCGGGGCACUGCUCAUCUGCGGCCUCUGGGCCUCCGCGUCGCAGCAUGCGGUCAACAACGAGCGGGAGGCGGCGCUGGCCGCUGCCAAUGGAGGAGGUAAUGGUGGCGGGGACCACCUGGGAGCCACCUCGCCGCCCAACUAUGAGGAGCUGGAUCCGCCGCCGGCCUACUCGGUGCUCUUUCCCAACCAGAAGGCUGCCAGUAGCACCACACUGAACCUGGAUGCGACGGCGGCCAGCACAACAGCAGCUGCCGCAGCAGCGGCGGCCGCAGCAGCAACAGCUGCAGCUGCAACAGGCGCUGCAGCAACAGCUCUGGCUGGAGCCACUGCCAGCGAGUCCGCGCAGCAAAAUCAGCAGCAACAGGAACAGCCAACGAACUAGCCCGUAAGCCUGACAAGAAGGUGUCGCACCUGGAAAACGUAGAUCAUAAGGUCCCAACAUCUCUCUGACUGACUCUGAUGCAAUUAGCUUUUAACCAAUUUAGUGAUAGCUUUAAGUGUGACUUUAUGUUAAAUGUUUGACUAUGUAUGUGUAUGCUAACGAUUAACGAUUAACGAGAUACCAUCCCCAGCCAGCCGUCCUUUCAACGCCGCUGACGCCUUUGCCAGACGGCAGAACCAAUUAGCUUCCGAUAAUUGAAAAUGUAAUAAUUAUGAUGAUUGUAAAUGAAGAACUGCAGCUGCAGCAGCAUUAACUGACGAAUCGACUAACUUUUGUAAUUCUGUUAAUUUAAAAUUUAAUGUGAUAUAAAUUUAAAACUGAAUAAAAAGCAAUGUGUGUAAGUA